UUUUAAAUACUAUUUAUCGCAAUCUAAAAUGAUAUAGGCCGACUAUCAUAGAUUUGGUUAUACAUUAGCACUGCUAAUGUCUUGAUAAUGGUAGUUCUUAGUUUGAAUAUUGAGAUUAUACGUGGAAAAAACGUUAAUAGCGUUUACAAGUCGAAGGUAGUAUAACCAUUAGCGGGAUAUUUCCAUUUUCGUUAUCUAAUUCUUGCUUUGUGCCUUGCUGUAAUAUAGUAGGCAUAAUACUGCAAAGUAGCCUUUUUUAUGUCACGUAGUACGCAAUAGCUAUCUUCUAUGCAGUCCACAUCAUAAUGGACGAUCUUACUCUGGGAGAGCUUAAGGCACUAAAGGAGAGCGCAUCUGCCACUUCAGAGCACCGCGAUGACACAAAUGAGGAUGUGAAUACCGAACGCGCGCCUUUAAUUAAAUCGCAAAAAACAUCGCAAACGUCAGCACCCGUCAAAAAGCGCAGUAGCAAGGCGCCGGUUACACUUUCAAACGACGUUGCUUAUAACCCAUACCAAAAGCUUAAAUUUGAUACCAAGGGGGGUAAAAAUAGAAUGAAAGCACGUGACCCACGUUUUAGUGACUUUUCUGGCACGUUAAAUGACGACUUGUUCAGGAAAUCAUAUGCAUUCCUGGGCGAUAUGCUGCAGGAUGAAGUCAAGGAAAUAAAAUCGGCACUUCGCGUUAGUCAGCGUGCUGGUGUCAACAGUAUAAAAACUGCCAAUGCAUUGAGAAACAUCGCACAUAUGAACAUAUCUAGCCUCUCUGACGCCAAACGUGCCCUUGAUCGCUAUACAACACAGCAGAAGCAGCUGAAGAGUGACCAGGCUUUACGUGAUUUAAAGAAAGACUUAAUUACUGAAGAGAAGCAGAAGAUUGCAACAACAUCGAAAACACCCUUUUAUUAUUCAACCAAGAAGGUUAAGAAGAUGCUACGUGACAAGGAGCGUGAUGCCAUAGAGGCUGCUUUACAAUCAUCUGCUAUUAAUGCUGACGGCGCCGGUAAGAUACACAAAAAGGUAUCCAAAGAAUCCCGGCGUAAGUUGACACGACAGAGACGUAGCGGUCAACUUGAUGCCUUAAAUAAGACUAGAGACUCGUAAUAAUAUAGCU